AUGGCUGCAGACCGUUUCAAUAUCAACCGGCAGUGGGAACACUUACAGGCCAAAUACGUGGGCACGGGCCACGCGGACACGACGAAAUUUGAGUGGACGGUGAAUCAGCACCGUGACACGCUGGCGUCACACCUGGGCCACUCGGACCUGCUGGCUUACUUUGCCGUCGCAGAGAACGAGUCCAUGGGCCGCGUGCGCUACAACAUGUUGGAGAAAAUGCUGCAGCCUUGUGGACCUCCACCCCAGAAGGAGGAGGAAUAG